AUGUACCACCAGCUUCCGAGUUCGCACACAGAAGCGGAGCACGCGGCGCUCUUGCCAACUCGACUCCUCGACCUGGGACGAAACGUACGGACUUUGAGGCACACAGGGCUGCGACUGGUUACAACGAGACCCGGAGAUCGGGGCCAUUACAUGACACUGAGCCAUCGCUGGGGCACUGAGCACCAGCUGAAGCUGACCAAGGCCACCCUAAAUGCUCAAGAACAGAUCAUUCGCUUCCAAAGUCUACCCAGAACAUAUCGAGACGCGGUAAAAGUGACAUUGAGCUUAGGAUAUCGAUAUCUAUGGAUCGAUGCUCUCUGUAUAAUCCAGGAUGACCACGAAGACUGGCUCCAGGAGGCGGCCAAAAUGGCGCUGGUUUACCGCAAUUCAAGCUGCACCAUCAGUGCCCACGCCGCCCACAGUGACGACGACGGAUUUUUGUGCGCGAACAAUCAUAUCAUGCCCGGUCACUUCGGGGAUAGACCGAAUGUAUCUGUUCUAAUUACAGCGAGCCAUCUGAGUCACAGGGGCUGGGUGUUCCAAGAACGCAUUCUGUCACGGCGAUUGCUCCAUUUUACACCCGGAGGUCUGUUCCUAGAGGAUGCCUCCGGGAUUGUAACUUCCUGCGGCAGCCCCCCAGAGAUUUACGACCCCUCGAAAGACAACAAACUCAACCUGGAGGACGCAAACCAGAACUUGUGUGAAUGGUACAGACUUGUCGAGAAAUUCACACAUUGUCAGCUCACGGUCGACACCGACAGACUCCCCGCUCUCCUGGGACUGGCUCGCUAUUAUGAGGAACAAAACGACGAUGGCCAGUAUCUUUGGGGCUUGUGGAGUCGGUCUAUCCACCAAGGUCUCCUGUGGAUAAAUGUGGAUGAAAGUCCUAAAAAGCUGCUCCAGGGCUACGACGCAGCGUCCGGGCCGGCUCCGACCUGGACGUGGGCUCAUUUGCUCGGCCGAAUCAGGUAUCCUGAUCAUGUGUCCAGUUGCGAGCCUUGUUGCGAGGUUAUUGAUCUCGAUGCUGCAACAUUGUCUGCACGCUUAAGCAGGGGAGAACCACCAUCUCUUGUUGUCCAGUUGAAAACCGUCGACCUGGAAGAUGCUAAAGUCAUACACAAGCCAAAGUCAUUCAUGGGAGUCGAGUUCUGCCACUUGCUGUACUAUAAGCGUAGAGCUUGGGUCUCGCUUGACGAUGAGAGAAAUCACGACGUGGUAUUUCCCCAGCUCACGUUAGCAUUCGUGUCACACAAUCACUUUCAGAGCACCUUCAGCUAUGAUGAUUUGCAGCUUACGGAGCACACUUGGGUCUACUAUUUUUUGCUGUUACGCCUCUCGAAACUUGACGCCCCGGCCAGAUACCAAAGGAUCGGUCUCGGUGCGUUUGAGUGUACCCCUUAUCAUGAGCACAAUAAUCGGGAGCUAAGGCUUGGUGAUAGUAAUUGCAUUGUGUGGGAUGAGGCCGACUGGAGGAUCAUUUCCCUGUGUUAA